AUGCGCGCUGGCCUCAUCCGCCCGGCGGGAGCUCGCAGCAUGCAAACGAGGGCCAAUAUGGCUACCGGCCAGCCCUCGGCUGCCGAGCGAGAGCGGGAGCGGGAGCGUGAAAGAGCUCGCGAACUUGACCAGCAGAUUCACAUCAAGGAGGAAGAAGAUCGCCGGCAUCGCGAGGAGGAACGGCGACGCAUGGAACAAGCGCCGCAACACCAAGCACCGCCAGGUCCGCCUGCGCACUUGCAUCAGCCAGUUGCAGUCGGUCCGCGAAACCCCAUUCACGGCCCUAACGGACUGCUAGGAAACCCAGCACUGGCAGUCCCUCAGCCACAACCUCUUCACACACUCGGCGCACCCAGCGGACCUGGAAACGUCUUCGCUGGCGGUCCCGUACAGCCCUCGCAACCGCCGAGCGCGUCCCAGCAGCACGCAGGUCUACUUGCGCCGCCAUACGGACCAGGUGCGCCUGGCCAGCAACAACAGCAGAUGGCACAAGGUCAGCAGGGCCAGGGUCAGCAGCCCAUACUGAACGACGCCCUCAGUUACCUCGACCAGGUGAAAGUCCAGUUCGCUGAGCACCCGGAUGUGUAUAACAGAUUCCUGGACAUCAUGAAGGACUUCAAAUCUGGCGCCAUCGAUACUCCAGGUGUAAUCGGCAGAGUCAGUCAACUUUUCGCUGGUAACCCGGAGCUGAUCCAAGGUUUCAACACAUUCUUGCCUCCUGGGUAUAGAAUUGAAUGCGGCCAGGGUGAUGAUCCAAAUGUCAUCCGCGUGACCACUCCAAUGGGCACGACAGUCAGCAACAUGCCGACCGCGAGACCACUGAGCAGGCAGGACGGGCCACAUGAUGGCACUAGGCCGACCAAUGGCACAUUUACACCGCAACCUGGCUCGCACAGCGCACAAAUGGCCUAUAGCCCAAGUGGCAGACCUGUUGGUCCAGUAGCAUCCGCACAACAACACCACCUGUCGCCGCUUGACGCUGCGGCGCGUCAGCGAGAGCAAGAAGCGAUGCACGCGAUCCAAGAGCGCGGUGUCAACUCACUUCAGAACGCGGUUUCCGCUGCCACUGGAAUGGCUGGCAUUCGGGCCGGUAUCUCGCCUCGUGCGACUCCCCUCCCUGGACAAGGAGACGCAGCAGGAGCCAUCGAUGGCGCGGGACUUGACAAGCAGCGUGGACCUGUGGAGUUCAACCAUGCAAUCAGUUAUGUUAACAAAAUUAAGAACCGAUUCGCAUCCCAACCGGACAUCUAUAAGCAGUUUCUGGAGAUCUUACAGACCUACCAGCGCGAAUCGAAGCCUAUUCAGGACGUGUACGGCCAAGUCACGCACUUGUUCAAGACUGCACCAGAUUUGCUCGAGGAUUUCAAACAAUUCUUGCCGGAGUCAGCAGCGCAAGCUAAGGCCGCAGAGCGCGCUCGAGCCGAAGCGGAGGUGAUGACUUCAAACAUGCGCAAUGAUGGUGCUGGCAUCUAUGGUGGAAGCCCGAUAAUCUCGCGUGAGCCACACAUGGGUACACCAGGUCAAUCCCGCGGACUGCCACCUGUUGGAAACUUUGCGCCUACGCCCGCCUCGACCAAAGACAAGAAGCGACAGCGUGAAGUAGGAAGACAGGGUACUGCGGGUGCAGUUGACGGUGCUCCUGGGCCCAGUCGAGGCCAUAUCUUCCCGGGUCCACCCACUAAGCGCGCGAAGCACAACAACAUGCAGACUGUUCGCCAGAACGAGCAGCCACCAGUAUCACCAACACUGGUUCCAUCUCUUCCAAUGCCUCUCGAGCCGACAACGACUUCCGCCGCGACCGACUCGGAGCUGGCAUUUUUCGACAAGGCCAAGAAGGCGAUCAGCAACAAGAAUGUCUUCAAUGAAUUCCUCAAGCUUUGCAACUUGUUCAGUCAGGAUCUCAUUGAUCGCGGUACCUUGAUGUACAGAGCGCAGGCCUUCAUCGGUAGCAACCCGGACCUACUCAAGUGGUUCCGCGACUGGCUGGGAUACGAUGAGCGCGACAUUCUGAUUGAGAAUAAGCCUCGAGUGCCAUCGGGCAGAGUUAUGCUCAGCAACUGUCGAGGUCUCGGCCCAAGCUAUCGCCUCUUACCCAAGCGAGAGCGGCAGAAGCCAUGCAGUGGACGUGACGAGCUGUGCAAUUCAGUGCUAAAUGACGACUGGGCCUCGCAUCCAACUUGGGCUUCGGAGGAUUCUGGAUUCAUCGCGCAUAGAAAAAAUGUGCAUGAAGAAGGUCUGCACAGGAUCGAAGAGGAGCGACACGACUACGACUUCAACAUCGAAGCGGCUGCUAGGACUGUGCAGCUGCUCGAGCCUAUUGCGACACAGCUUCGCCGAAUGGACGACCUGGCACAGCGCAACUAUCAGCUUCCGCCAGGCUUGGGUGGCCAGAGUGAGACCAUCUACAAGCGGAUAAUCAUGAAAAUCUACGGUCGCGAGAAGGGUCAAGAGGUCAUCAACUCGCUACACCACCAACCUUUCCAAGUCAUCCCAGUCCUGCUGAACAGAAUUAAGGAGCGCCUUGAGUCCUGGAAGAUGGCACAGCGCGAGUGGGAGAAAGUUUGGCGCGAACAGACUCAAAAGAUGUUCUGGAAGUCGCUUGAUCAUCAAGCUGCGCAGGCCAAGCAAAUGGACCGCCGCGCCUUUCAGGCAAAGACACUCCAAGGCGAGAUCCAGGUUCGCUACGAGGAAAUGAAGCGUCAGAGCAACAACUUGCCUGGCGUCAUGCGCGAGCCACAGCUGGAAUUCAGCAUCGUCGACAAUGAGGUGCUCGUCGAUGCGACGCAUCUCAUCCUGGUCCACAUCGAACAGGUUCAGCUUCAGACCGAUCAUCCGAAACUUGUGGACUUCAUUAAGGACUUCGUGCCUCUCUUCUUCGGUCUGGACAACGCAGCUUUUCGUAAGGAGAUCGAGCUUCGGUCAGAGAACAGUGCUCUCGGAGACGAGCUGUUGUCGGGUGGUGAGGAGACUGCAUCCAUCGGCUCGCGUAAGGGUAACGGUAAGAUUGGAGACCUGCGCCGUGCUGCUCUCGAUCCCAGCCGUGGUCGCAAGCCGAAGAGAGAUGGCGACAGCAACGCCUCAGCGAGUCGUGCUUCUACACCGGAUGUCGCCUCGAAUAUCGAUCCAGAUGAGAUGGCCGUGGAAACCACUGAAGACGUUGAGAACAAGGCGGACGUGUCCACUAACAGAUGGUUCGAACACCCUGUCGAGAACAAUAUUCUAAGUGGCGAGAAUGUUAAUCCAUUGGAGCCACAAGCACGAAAUACCUACCGGCUCUGGGCGAACAGCACCAUUUACUGUUUCCUGCGCUUGUUCAUCAUGCUGUACGAGCGUCUACACAAGAUCAAGCUCUCUGAGGCGUCGGUACGAAAAGCUAUCGAUGACGCGAAACAAGUCAAGCCCGCGGUCGAGCUCGGCAUUAUCGACAAGAUUCCGAGUGACUACUUCCAAGACGUCAGUGGUAAUACAUCAUACUACAAUCAGAUGCUGCUUAAGCUUCAAGAUUUCUUGGAAGGCGCCAUCGAAAUGUCUGAAGUGGAAGAAGUGCUUCGGCGAUUUUAUCUGCAAUCUGGGUACCCACUCUACCCAUUCGAGAAGCUAAUCAGCACGCUGGCCAAGGAUGCCAUCCAGGUCAUCAACAGCGACAGCAAGGAAAGGUCUGCGGAGAUCUUCAAUCUCUUUAAGAAGGAUCGCGUCAAAGACACCAGCACUGCCCAGCAGCAGACUGACUAUCGCAAGUCGGUCGAGAAGAUGGUCAAGGAUGGAGAGCUCUACCGUGUUGACUUUGAUCAAUUGGAGAGCAGAGUGCGAAUCUUCGUGACGAAGCGGGACGAGGCCAUUGCAGACGAUGGACUUACAGCGCUUGACCGCGAGACUCGCUGGCGAUACUAUAUCGCCUCUUACUCUUCGCUGGACGACACCGACGGGGUGGAUCAGAGCACUGUGCUCUUGCCCUACGUCAACGACUCUAGCUACAAAUCGUUCUUCGGCUCCGAUUCUUCGGCGGCGGCGGGCGCGGCUGCUGAGGCACGCCGAGCCAAUAUUGACGCGCGACGCCGCUUCUUCGAGUCGAGGAAUGAGGAAAAGCUCAAGAUGCGCAUUGCGGUCAACAACUACCGCGCCUUCUUCCAGGCGGAAAGCUAUGAGACGUGGACCGUUAACAACGAAGAUCGCAAUGGCGGCGAGCAGGGCGAGAAGGAGGCGCAAGAGGUCCAUGAGCAUCGCGAGGAGACGUUGAUGGAUCGGUUCCUCAACAUGAAUGCGGCGAUGAAGGAGAAGAGUCGCGAGGAUGUGGAGAAAGCGAACUCGUCAUUCGCAGAAGUGGUGGAGAAGGGCGUUGCUGGCGAGGAGGAUGAAGAAGGGAGGUCCAAUGAGGAUGUUGAGAUGGAGUGAAGGGGGGCGUGUCUGCCAAUUGCAUUCAUUUUGGGUUCAAGGGAGCGUGUAGGGGCUGGGCUCUAGAGGAUGCAGACGUCGACUCGGGGAGAUCGUAUAUGUUGGCUCAGACGUUGGCGAUGGGCUUGAAGUGCCAUUUCCAUUUGAAUUAGGCACAUGUCUGAAUGAAAGGAAUGUUCGACAGUGAUGGAGUAUUCAGGAGCGCAAGUCCUGUG